CCCGGCUCUGUUUUAAGAAAGUGUCUUCUUGAUGACUUAAAUCAGGUCUUCAAAUAGAGACGCAAUACUAUAUACGUAAUUUGGUUUUAUAGAUAACUUUUUUAAUAGUCUCUAAUUUAAAAUACACAGCCUCAUUGCAGAUGCUCUGGACUAGUUUAUGUCUGUUCUACUAGAAUGCAAUCAGUGUGGCCGAAACAUGGACGAAUUUACGGUCAGCCGUGGCACAUGGUGUUGAAUUUCGGAAUCUUGUGUGGGGUUUGAGCGGCCAGCAGGUUGUGCCUGAGCAAUUAGGUUUCUAUGGAGAAGUUGACCUAAAACUUGUGUCCGAUUAGAGAGUUAUGCUUGGCUGGUAAUAGAGGUUUUGGACUGUCAUUUGGAUCUAUUCUGAAGUAGGUAUUUCUUGGUGUGGUUCUGUGGACAAAACCCAGAAAGCAAAGAUUGUUUUCUAGGGUUUUGGCGAAUAUUUAGGGGUUUCUGUGAGGUAGUUUGGAAAUUUUUUUGGUGUGUUCAUGGUGGCGAGGGUGCAUUUUCAUGGUGUUUGAAGGAUCUGAUUGAGUGGGGUUGUGAAAUUUGGUCGUGGGUUUCUGGGUCAGAUUUGUUUCAGAGUGUAGUUUUUCAGGGGACAAAAUUGGUGGGGGGUUUUUUUGGGACAAAAUUGAUGGGUUUUUUUAAAUGAAUAAUCGUGAAGGGGCCUUAAUUUCUGCAGUUACAACUUACAAGUACAUUUCCCUCAUACUAAAGGGUUUGUUCUUGAAUUGAAGGGUUUUGGAAUUGGGUUGGCUCAUAGAUUAGCUUAUUAUUUCUUCUUGCUGUCACUCUGCUGUUGCAGAAAUGGCUUGUAUGAAGUUGGGAUCCAAAACUGAUGCAUUUCAGAGGCAAGGGCAGGCCUGGUUCUGCACAACUGGCCUGCCAAGUGAUAUUGUCGUUGAAGUUGAGGAGAUGUCCUUCCAUCUCCACAAGUUUCCUUUGCUUUCUAGAAGCGGGGUAAUGGAAAGACUAAUUGCAGAAUCAUCUGAGGAAGAAGAAGAGGGCUGUGUCAUCAAGCUACCUGGGAUCCCUGGUGGAGCUAAAACAUUUGAACUUGUAGCCAAAUUCUGCUAUGGGGUGAAACUUGAACUCACCUCCUCAAAUGUUGUGUACCUCCGAUGUGCUGCCGACCAUCUUGAAAUGACAGAAAACCAUGGAGAGGGCAAUCUAAUUUCACAGAGUGAAAUUUUCCUCAAUCAAGUAGUCCUCCGUAAUUGGAAAGACUCUAUCAAGGCGCUUCAGACCUGUGACGAUAUCCUCCCCCAAGCUGAACAACUCAAUAUCACAAAUCGAUGCAUCGAGUCCUUAGCCGUAAAGGCCAAUACGGACCCCAAUCUAUUUGGGUGGCCCAUCAUGGAGCGAAGUGGGCCCAUGCAGAGUCCCGGCGGUAGCUUAUUGUGGAACGGAAUAAGCAUGGGGGCCCGGGCAAGGAAUUCUAGUUCUGAUUGGUGGUAUGAUGACGUGUCGAGUUUGAGUUUGCCUCUUUACAAGAGGUUAAUUGCUGCAAUGGAAUUGCGUGGGGUCAGACAGGAGAUUCUUUCGGGGUCCAUUAUGUAUUACAGUAGGAAGUUCCUUCCAGGAUUGAACCGGCGUCAGGGGACCGGUGAAUCGAGUAGUCGUUUCGCGCCGGCCCCACCUUCUGAAGAAGACCAGAAGCUUUUACUAGAAGAGAUAGACCGGUUGCUUCCGAUGCAGAAGGGCUUAGUCUCGACUAAAUUCCUCUUUGGGCUACUUCGGACAGCCAUGAUUCUUCGAGCAAGCACCUCUUGCAUGUCAAAUUUGGAAAGGAGAAUAGGGAUGCAGCUCGAUCAGGCAACUCUGGAAGAUCUAUUGAUGCCCAACUUUUCGUAUUCCAUGGAGACUCUUUACAACGUUGAUUGUGUCCAGCGGAUUCUCGAGCAUUUCUUGGCCUUGGAUCAACUGACUGGUGGGGCCUCCCCUUGUUCAAUCGACGAUGGUCGGCUGAUAGGGUCGCCUUCUUUGACGCCAAUCACAAUGGUUGCGAAGCUGAUUGAUGGGUACCUUGCGGAGGUUGCCCCUGAUGUUAAUCUAAAGCUCCCCAAGUUUCAGUUACUUGCUGCUGCUGUUCCAGAUUAUGCGAGGCCCUUGGAUGAUGGUCUUUAUCGUGCAAUUGACAUUUAUCUGAAGUCACACCCAUGGCUGGCAGAUUCCGACAGAGAGCAACUCUGCAGGCUAAUAGACUGCCAGAAACUCUCUUUAGAAGCAUGCACCCAUGCCGCCCAGAACGAGAGGCUCCCUCUCCGAAUAAUAGUCCAAGUCCUCUUCUUUGAGCAGCUCCAACUAAGGACCUCCAUUGCCGGAUGCUUCUUGGUCUCGGACAAUCUCGACGGUUCACGACAGCUGAGGAGCGGCCUCGUGGGGUCAACUGAAGGUGGGGGAGGAGGAGGAGGAGGAGGGUGGGCCACGGCGGUGAGGGAGAAUCAGGUGUUGAAAGUGGGAAUGGAUAGCAUGAGGAUGCGGGUGUCGGAGCUAGAGAAGGAGUGUUCAAACAUGAGGCGGGAGAUCGAGAAGUUGGGUAAAGGGAAGGUGGGGUCAGGGUCGGGGUCGAGGUCGAGCAGCGGCGCAUGGGAAGGUGUGUCCAAGAAGUUAGGGUUCAAGAUUAGAUCCCAGAUGUGCAGUGCUCAGGAGGGGUCUGUUAGCAACCAGAUUAAUAAUGGAGGAGGAGGAGGGGGGAAGAUUGAGAAGGGGAAAGAGAAACUUAGAAAGCAAAAGAAGAUCUAGAGGAAAGAACUAUUUUAUUUUAUUUUUUUGUACUUUAUUUGCUUUUUCUAUUUAGCAUUAUUUUUCAAGUUUGCUAUUGUUUGUAUCUGUGCUUCUCUUCAUCUGUGUAGAAACUUAAACUACUCUUUGUUUCUGGUCUUUAUUUGUACAAUGAUCUUUUUUCAUCACAUAAACCCGUAAUGGAGAUGGACCAUGGAGUCACAGAAUAUUUGUUCAA